UGACUGGGCCCGGAAAGGGGCGGGGCUCGCGGGUGUCAUGGCUGCCUCCGGUGGCUGCCCAUGUGUUGUGCCUGUUGCUGGGUGAGGAACAGAGGUCCGGAAGCUGCAGCAUCUUGUCCUCCCUGGGAGAUCUCCCGGUCCCUCUGGGCAUCCCCCCACUUUUAUGCUGGGAUGUAUAAAGCUGACAUUGACGCUGCCGUCCCCUCAUGCUGUAUCUGGAGGUCUGGCUGGAAGCGGGACGAAAGCUUGCAUAAACACUGUCCUAGUAGCACCUCUUAGAAGUUGGGCUCUUGGGGAAACUUGGAGCCUUUCAUGAUGGAGGCUGAGCCCUCCCUCGAAGACCAGGAUGUAUCAGAACUGGACAGACCAGCCAGCAGUAGUGGCGAAACCAAGGGAGGGUUUUCUGAGUCUGCUGCUGAGGUGCCAAGAUUAAACGGGGGCCAGGCAGGGAAUACAGGUGAGACAGUCUCCGGACCGGAGCUGUGUGGAGAGGAACCCGCCUUGGGGGAUGUGAUGCAGCAUCUUGAGGAAAGAGCAGAGGAAGGAAUGAACAAAGACGGAGAGGAAGCGUCGGCUGAGGAUGGAGAAUAUUACUUUCCAACAUACGACUUUCUGCAGCCGCCCAAGCUUCUGACAGGCUCUUGGGCUGAGUACAGUCGUGUUGCGGAGAACUUCCUGAAGGGCUGCAAAUGGGCUCCUGACGGGACCUGCUUGCUCACCAACAGUGCAGACAAUGCCCUGCGAAUUUACAACCUUCCGGCAGAGCUGUAUGCUGAGGAAUGGGAAGCUGUUGCCGAAAUGAGCCCCGUGCUGCGCAUGGCCGAAGGAGACACCGUCUACGAUUACUGCUGGUUUCCUCUGAUGAACUCGGCUGAACCACAGACUUGUUUUGUUGCCAGCAGCAGCCGCGACAACCCCAUCCACAUAUGGGACGCUUUCUACGGAGACCUGCGGGCCACCUUCCGCUCCUACAAUCACCUGGAUGAACUCACCGCCGCGCACUCUCUGUGCUUCACCCCGGAUGGCUCCCAGCUUUUCUGCGGCUUUGACAAGAUGGUGCGGGUGUUCGAUACGUCCAGACCUGGCCGGAUGUGCGAGAACCGGCCUACUUUUGUGAAGAAGCAAGGCCAGAGCGGCAUCAUUUCCUGCAUCGCCUUCAGCCCGACGCAGCCACUCUAUGCCUGCACCUCGUAUGCGAAGACAGUGGGCCUCUACUCGCGAGCCGAGGGCGACCCCUUAGCCAUGCUGCAUGGGCACCAGGGGGGUGUCACUCAUGCCCUCUUCUCCCCUGACGGCUUCCACCUCUUCACUGGUGGGCGCAAGGACUCUGAGAUCCUCUGCUGGGACCUCCGGCAGCCAGGUGAGGUGCUUUUCUCCAUGAGCCGGACGGUUGCCACUAACCAGCGACUCUAUUUUGACCUAGAUCCGAGUGGGAGGUUCUUGCUGAGUGGCAACACCGAGGGGCGAAUCACUGCCUGGGACACGGCCCAGCCGCCGAGCAGCGACCCUCGCCCCCUCCUGCAGCCCGUCCUGCAGUUCCAGGCCCUGAAAGACUGCAUCAAUGGGAUCAGCCUCCACCCCAGCCUCCCGCUACUGGCCAGCGCCUCCGGCCAGCGCACCUUCCCGGACUUGUGGGACAGUGGGGACGAGGACGGGGGCAGCCUCUCCAGCCGCCCCCAGGCCCGCGGCGACAACUCCCUGCAGCUGUGGUGGUGCUGCUCUGCAGAUGCUGGGGCAGAGACCCCACAGGCCAUGCCGUGACUGGCCGGGAAGACGGAACCCCACCUGUGUGGCUUCUCUGGACGCUGAAGUCAAAGGGAGUCAGUGCUCACACUGCCAGCUGCUGUGGAGGUGUGGGAUGCUGGUAUUCCUGUGUGUGUGUCUGGAAGUGUGUCUGCAUAUAAAACCAUACCCAAGAGGGGGUGCACAUGUGUGUGGUGAAGACAGUAAUGGAAUUUGGGAAGGAGCUGGGCGGAAGGGAGUGGGAGGGGAGCAUAGACUGGGGGUGCAUUCCAAGAGGGGCAAAGCCUCCUGGGCUUGGUCGGCAGGUUCAUUCCCGCCACCCUUGGCACAAUUCUGACCCACCUCCCUGUUCCGAAGCCAGGGCAAACACAGCCCCCUCUCUUAGCCGUUUUUGGCCAGGAGGGCUGAUGCCUUGUAGCCCAAACCUCCUCUUCCCUGGCCAAUGAAUGGUUCCGAGAGAGAGAGAGAGAGAGAAUGAGUUGUGUCCUUUUUUAAAGCUAUGGGAGAAUAAUUUGUUCUUUCAGGGUUUUUUUACGUGCUCGCUUGCUCUCCUGCUAUGUAAAUUGUUUUUUCUUGUUUCAGUCACCUCUUUGAUAGGUGGGCUGUUGUGCCAACUAGCUUGGAGAGGGGAGGACUUCUUCGGGGGGGGGUCAUCUGAACACUCAGCUUCAGUACUUGCUUUCGGACUAAAGAAUCCACCCUCUCUGGAGCCAGCCAGUAAGUGUGGUGGUAGAUAUUUAAUAAAUAGAAGUUUAUUAUUAUGCUGUA